AGACGAAGAGAGCGAAUAGCCACGCCCCCUCAUCACCUCUCACCGACCCUAUAUAAACGAGCUGUUCAGUCGCCGCUAACCAUUCCUAGAAGUUCUCGUCGCGAAGCAGCAUCACUUUGUUCACGCCUCUCGUAGUUCGUUGGCCCACUUCUCAAACAGAGUACUGCACUGCGACGCUUGUGGCUGCCAGUGACUGAGUAUAUGCUGAAGGCGACGAAGAGGAAGACAUGGCGAACAUAGAGAAAGUGUUGUUACUGGACGCUGUAGAUCCCAAGUGUGGCGAGGUGCUGCAGCAGGCCGGGAUCGCCGUCACCACGCGGGGCAAGCUGACCAAGGAGCAGCUGAUCCACGAGCUGCCGGAGCAUGACGCUGUGGUGGUGCGUUCUGCCACCCGCAUCACAGACGAGGUGCUGGCGGGCGGCGGGCGGCUCAGGGUGAUCGGGCGAGCAGGCACCGGCGUAGACAACAUCGACGUGAAGGCGGCCACACGCAAGGGUGUGCUGGUGAUGAACACCCCAGGCGGCAACACACUCUCCGCCGCUGAGCACACUUGUGCCAUGGUGUGUGCGCUGUCCCGCUUCCUGCCCCAGGCCUGCGCAGCUCUGAAGGAAGGGCGCUGGGACCGGAAGACCUAUCUGGGAUCCGAGUUGCAUGGCAAGACCCUCGCCAUUGUGGGCUUGGGCAGGAUAGGGCGAGAGGUGGCUAAGCGCAUGCAGGCCUUUGGCAUGACGACCAUCGGUUACGAUCCAAUGAUCCCCGCGGACGUGACAGCUGGCUGGGGAGUGGAGUCGCUGAGCCUGGAGGAGCUGUGGCCACGGGCAGACUACAUCACGGUGCAUACACCGCUGCUGCCACACACCAAAAACCUGAUCGGCGAGAAGGUGUUCUCAGUCUGCAAGCCCGGCGUGCGCGUGGUGAACGUAGCGCGUGGAGGCAUCGUUGACGAGGCGGCCCUUCUAAAGGCUCUGGAUUCUGGACUGUGCGGUGGGGCGGCGCUGGAUGUCUUCGUGGAGGAGCCACCCACUGACCUGACACUGUGUAAGCACCCCAAGGUGAUCUGCACGCCUCACUUGGGCGCCAACACUGUGGAGGCGCAGAGACGAGUGGCUCUGGAAAUCGCCCAGCAGAUCGUGGACAUGUCAAAAGGACGCCCACUUACCGGUAUAGUUAACGCCCCGGCAUUAACUAACGCCAGCAGCGAAGUCUUCAAGCCAUGGAUCGAGAUGGCCCAGGCCCUCGGCUACCUGGCCAACCACCUCUCCAUGCCUGCAGACACCCCUGCUCUUACCAUUACUCUGGACUUGUAUGGCAGCGAGGCGAGCAAGAUGGAUGCCUUCCUGGGCUCCGCCGUAUUGGUGGGGCUGCUCAAGGGCAUGACGCAAAAUGGCAUCAACCUAGUGAACGCUCCCUUGUUAGCCCAAGAGCAGGGUGUCACUCUCUCUGUCAAUUCUCACCCUAAUGACUUCCCCUCCGUGGCGGCUGCUGGUCCUGACGCCCUUCAGGUCAAAGUGACGCGGGGCCUCAACACUCAUGUCCUCAUCGGUAACGCUGCUUCAGGACAGGCGACACUGUACGGCCUGGACGGUUGUGUGUGGGACUCCGGCCUGACGCUUGGCCGUAACAUGCUCUUCUUCUCUGCUUUGCCCACCGCCUCCCCGCUGGCUGCCAUCGCCACGCAGCUGCUGGCGGAGCGUGCGGCCGUCACCUCGCUGCUUUCCUCAGCCCCCACCAAGAAGGAGGUGUGGCACGUUGCCAGGACCGAAGAGGCCGUAACACUUCCCUGCGGCAUCCCCGGAACGAGGCUCAUGGCACAGGUUACCUUCUGAGGAACCAAAGCCCGCCAGCAGCCGAGACCAUCAGUCAUCUAUCUUCCUCAGCCUCGUGAUCAAGUGCUGGUCGCUGGGGGUCACAGUCACUGCUGCUCCCAUGACUGCGUGGUAUCAUCUCGUAGGCUCAGCGGCUCUUCACCAAACCGAUUGUCUUAAUUGGCGUAUGUCAUCCGUAGGCAUGACCUCAACGCGGAACAUAUAAUACACCAGAUUAUUGAUGCAUCGUAUGUAGAUGUCUGAUUUUUGCUUUAGAUAUGCGACCCUUUAGAGUAGUCCCUAAGGGUGGCACAUAUACAUUGCCCCAUUGAAUACAGUCCCACGUAUAGACUAUUAGGGUAAGUUUUUUUUUUAUCAUAACUGUUCAGAAUCCUGUAAUUUGUAUAUUGACGUGCAGAACAUUUAGUGGUGACGCAUCCUUCAAACAGGUGCACUAAUCUGUUAUAUAUAUUUUUCUACGUGUGUAUGUACGUACGUUAGUAUCAUGAGAGUGCAAAGUACAAAGCAUUUCCUCUCCGUCAUAUCAGUAAGACUUUACUUGUAAGUAUUGUUUAUUUCAUUGAUUUUCAGCGAAAAUGUCUCCUUUCUUCCUUUUCAGUCUUUGCCGAGGUUCAAGACUCGAGUCGUUGUCUUUUAUUGUUUGCUGUGUAAUUACAUUUUCAUUCCUGCUUUUACAAACCGUUAUAUACUUGUGCUUAUUUCAGAGUACUGAUUUUAUUUCUGAACCUUUAUAUUUGGAUUUGUUUAUCUGGAAAAUGGUAUUUAGUCAUGCAGAGGCCCUUGCUCCCCUUUGCUCUACGAUUGUGUUGAUAGGCAGAGUUGUUUCACGAGUCGUCAGAUGAAGACAGGUAUUGUUGAAUGCAGAUAAACAAAUAAUUAUCACUUGGAAAAUAAUGUAUACACAAAAUUGUAUAUGGAUUAAUUCUCCAAUACUC